GAGUUUGAUUGUUAAACCCACAAAUCGUAUCUAAAUCUGGUAAUCUGUCUGUUUAAACUUAGAAAUAAAAUCCAACUAUCAACCAUAUAUGGGAUUCUGGACCCUUGGUGGAUCAUCACUAAUGAUAUAAUUUAGGGUAAUUAAUUUAUCCAAAGUUUUAAAAGAACAAAAAAUAACAUCCCAUUUUCGCGUAUAUUUAGGGGAAGCUUCAUUUUUCUGAUUUGUUCUUCAACGCACUUCUCCUUCUUCCCUCUUUUCAACAAUUAAUUAAUGAAUCAACUGCUGCACAAAAACCUUCGCUAAUAGGGUUUUUUUUUCUCCUUGUCCGAUUGAUUUCUUCCACUUUCUUCACGUUUUUGCCCUUGCAUUUAUAGGGCAUUUUGCUGCUUCAGCUUCCUGCACAUAAUUGUUCAGCCAAAUUUCUCCAAAUGCUGGGCAAUUGAGCUUUAGCUGGGUGAGUUUCGGCUUCUCAGUAUCGCAUUUAUGAUUUGUUGUGUUUACUUAUUGUUAAGUUUAUGAAGUUUGGUGUUAGAUUGUUAAUGUUGUUGUGGUUAUUAGAGAGAUGAAGUGGUGGGGGCUUUAGGGGUUAUUUUUUGUGGUUAUUUAGUUAGUUAGGUGUGUGUAUAUAUAUGAUGAUGAAGAGGUUGAAAAAUGAGGCUUCGAGUGUGAGAAGGUUUAAAUUGUCGUAUGUUUUGCUGGGUUUAGCUGCAUUGUACUUGGUUUUAAUUUGUGUGAAGUUUCCUGAGUUUCUCGAGAGCGCUACUGUUUCGAGUGGUGAUGAUGUUGAUGUAGCUCUAGAUGUAGAGGAUGAUGGUAGAGAAUCUAGUUCUGGAUUUCAUAAUAAUGUGGGGGAAUAUGCUCGAGUGACACGGGAAGAAGAGGAGAAUGAAGGUUCUCCAAAUAGAAAGCCGCCUAAGCUUCAUUAUGGGAGAAUCACGGCAGCUAUUUUGAAACGAAAGAGUAUGGAGCGGAAUGUUUCUGUUUUGGAUAGAAUGGCAGAUGAAGCUUGGAGUCUAGGCGCGAAAGCUUGGGAAGAAUUGGAUAAGUAUGAGGAGAAGGGGAUUGAGAUGAAUUCGAUACAUGAGGGGAAGCCUGAAUCGUGUCCUUCAUGGGUUUCUAGUACUGGAGCACAAAUUGCUAAAAAAGGUCAAAUGAUGUUCCUACCAUGUGGUCUUGCAGCAGGUUCUUCUGUAACAGUUAUUGGUACUCCUCAUUAUGCUCAUCAUGAGUAUGUUCCACAGCUUGCCAAAACAAAGGCUGGUGAUGCAUUAGUUUUGGUUUCCCAAUUUAUGAUUGAAUUACAAGGUUUGAAAUCUGUGGUUGGUGAGGAUCCACCAAAGAUUUUGCAUCUCAAUCCUAGAAUAAGAGGAGAUUGGAGCCAUCGACCAGUGAUCGAGCACAAUACUUGCUAUAGAAUGCAAUGGGGAACAGCUCACAGGUGUGAUGGUUUGCCUUCCAAGUAUGAUGACGACAUGCUUGUUGAUGGAUAUUUGAGAUGUGAGAAGUGGAUGAGGAAUGACAUUGUUGAUACUCGAGAGUCGAAAAUAUUCUCAUGGUUUGAUCGAUUCAUUGGACGGGCAAAGAAGCCAGAAGUGACAUGGCCUUUUCCAUUUGUGGAGGGUAGGAUGUUUAUUCUAACUAUUCGUGCUGGUAUUGAUGGCUACCAUAUCAAUGUAGGCGGCCGGCAUGUGACUUCAUUUCCAUAUCGAACUGGCUUCACACUGGAAGAUGCUACAGGGUUGGCAAUCAGAGGUGAUGUGGAUAUACAUUCUGUUUAUGCUACUUCUCUUCCAACCUCUCAUCCAAGUUUUUCUCCCCAAAGAGUGUUGGACUUCUCAGAGAAGUGGAAAUCUCUUCCUUUACCCCAGAAUCACAUUCAACUUUUCAUUGGGGUGCUUUCUGCCACCAAUCACUUUGCUGAGCGUAUGGCAAUCAGGAAAACAUGGAUGCGGGCUUCGGCAAUCAAGUCCUCAGACAUAGCAGUCCGCUUCUUUGUUGCAUUGAAUCCACGAAAGGAGUUGAAUGCUAUAUUGAAGAAGGAAGCAGAUUACUUUGGGGACAUUGUGAUUGUCCCCUUUAUUGACAGAUAUGAGCUAGUGGUUCUCAAAACUAUUGCCAUCUGCGAGUAUGGGGUUCAGAAUGUGACAGCUGCAUAUAUCAUGAAAUGUGACGAUGAUAAUUUCGUUAGAAUAGAUUCAGUCUUGAGAGAAAUUCAACGCGUUCCUCCUGGACGAUCUCUUUACAUGGGCAAUCUUAAUCUCUUGCAUAGACCACUCCGAACAGGAAAAUGGGCCGUAUCAUAUGAGGAGUGGCCAGAAGAUGUAUACCCCCCUUACGCUAAUGGACCAGGAUAUAUAAUUACAAGUGAUAUUGCCAAACAUAUCAUUUCUCAAUAUCAGAACCAAAGCUUACGGAUUUUCAAAAUGGAGGAUGUGAGCAUGGGUAUGUGGGUUGAGAGUUACAACAGUUCCACUCCUGUACAGUACUCUCACAACUGGAAAUUCUGUCAAUAUGGAUGUAUGGAAGACUAUUUCACAGCUCAUUAUCAGUCUCCACGACAGAUGUACUGUCUGUGGAACAAUUUGCUCAAGGGUAAGGCACAUUGCUGCAAUUUUUAGAUUGAUGUGACCAUUUUUUGCUGCUUGAUGCGUGGCCAAUUUGAGUUGAAUCAUUUUCCUAACUGGAGAUCUUACGCCAAGAAAUGAAGUUUUGUUGUUGUGUCUGUUCUGUUCAUGGCUGUCUUAACACUGAACAUUGGUCAUUGCCAUGGAUUUUGUACAUCUGAAUUUGCUUACUGUGUACUAGUCAUUGUAUAGGAUUCCUGCCGCCGUCUUGUACCAUGAAGAAACAUACAGACAUUUUGAUAUUCAGCGGAGCCUCCCCACUACCAAAGUUUUGUGCUGGGGCUUUCACACUUAAAUGUUUGUACUUAACGCUUUAUAUGAAGCUUUUCCGUUGGCAAUGCCAAAA